UCCAAUAUGUACUCCGCAAACUUAAUAAAUGACGGCGAUUUUACGAAAACCAUAUACACUUUGAUAAAAGACAACAGAUUUAGCGAAGCCAUCAAAAUACUGCACGGAAUUCCCGAAUCCAACGCUACUAGAGCGGGAUUAUCGCUGUUAGCUUUCUGUUACUUCAAUAUACAGGAUUUCAACAAUGCUACCAGCUAUUAUGAACAGCUCACGGAAUUGUAUCCAGAUAAUAACGAUUACAAGCUCUACUACGCCCAAUCUUUGUAUCAAGCUUGCUUGUAUGAUGAAUCCAUCAAAGCUUCCAAUAAGCUUGUCGAUCAUCCAGACUAUAAGGGCCAAGUAACAAAAUUGCAGGCUGCUAUAAAGUAUAGCCAGGAGGAUGUGUUGUCUGCUAAAAGUUUAGUAGAAGCCUGUUCCAACGAUGAUCCCGACAAAGAAGUUAAUUUGGGUUGUUUACUAUAUAAGGAUGGACAUUAUGAGGAAGCUUUAACAAAGUUUACAAGUUCCCUCCAAAAUCAGGGUUUCAAACCAUAUCUGGCAUACAAUAUCGCCUUAUGUUAUUACAGAUUGAAAGAAUAUGGGCCUACUUUAAAGUAUUGCGCUGAUAUAAUAGAAAGAGGCAUUCGCGAUCAUCCAGAAUUAAGUAUAGGAAUGCAGACUGAGGGUAUCGAAGUGAGAUCUGUGGGAAACACUUUAACUUUACAUGAGACAUCGCUCACUGAAGCUUUCAAUUUAAAAGCAGCUAUUGAAUACCAGUUGAAGAACUUUGAUGCAGCUCGAGAGGCUCUAACUGAUAUGCCGCCAAGAGCUGAAUACGAGUUGGAUGCAGUUACUCUUCACAAUCAAGCGCUAAUGAAUUUUGAACAAAACCCCACGGAAGGGUUUGAAAAACUCCAAUUUCUUCUGCAGCAGAACCCUUUUCCUCCAGAGACUUUCGCCAAUCUCUUGCUGUUGUACUGCCAACACGAGUGUUACGAUCUUGCCGCUGACAUUUUAGCCGAAAAUGCCCACUUAACUUACAAAUACUUAACUCCUUACUUGUACGAUUUUUUGGAUGCCAUAAUAACACAGCAAACAUCUCCAAGCGAAGCGUACCAAAAAUUGGACGAGUUGGCGAGUCGUCAUACUGAACUAUUAAGAAAAUUGACGAAACAAGUGCAGGAGUAUCGUACAAGAAGCGAUACGGAAAUGGUCAAGAAGACGGUGAUAGAGUAUGAGGAAUGUCUAGAGAGGUAUAUCCCCGUUUUGAUGGCUCAAGCGAAGAUUUACUGGGAUUUGGAGAAUUACGCUCAGGUGGAGAAAAUAUUUAGGAAAAGUGUGGAAUUCUGCAACGAUAACGAUAUAUGGAGGCUGAACGUGGCUCACGUUUUGUUUAUGCAGGAAACAAAGUUCAAGGAGGCAACGGGGUUCUAUGAACCACUUGUGAAAAAAAGUUAUGCUGAGAUCUUAAGCGUUAAUGCGAUAGUCCUGGCGAACCUGUGCGUCUCAUACAUUAUGACCUCGCAAAACGAAGAAGCGGAAGAUUUAAUGAGGAAAAUUGAGAAAGAAGAGGACCAACUGGCAUUUGAGGAACCCGAGAAGAAGUAUUUCCACCACUGCAUCGUCAAUCUUGUUAUAGGAACACUGUAUUGUUCAAAGGGCAACUAUGAAUUUGGAAUAUCUCGCAUUAUGAAAUCUCUAGAGCCUUACAAUAAAAAACUGGGAACAGAUACGUGGUUCUAUACGAAGAGAUGCUUCUUAAGUCUGAUUGAGAACUUGGCUAAGCACAUGAUAGUGUUAAGGGAUUCGGUUAUUCAGGAGUGUAUACAAUUUUUGGAGUGUUGCGAAGUGAAUGGUAAAAAAGUUCGAACGGUGGCUUAUUCAACCUUUUCGGAGGAAAACGAUGCACCGAACGGCAAGGAAACAGUGACAUACGAAGCAAGAAAAAUUAAAUGUUUAUUAGUAAAGUUGCAAAAUUAUUAA